AUGCCAUACUCGCUGCCCGACUUGCCAUAUGCAUAUGAUGCGCUGGAGCCAUUCGUGGACACUCAGACGAUGACCCUCCACCACACGAAGCACCACCAGGCGAGCCACAUGGCUUACAUACGUGAACAACGCCAACAGCGCUCUGAGCAAGACCUGAACCGCGCGGUGGGCGCCCACAAGGUCCCGGCAGACAUCGCCACCACCGUGCGCAACAACGGCGGCGGCCACUUCAACCACACCUUCUUCUGGGAGAUCAUGUGCAACCCCAGCAGCACGGGCGGCCCCGCGGGGGAGCUCAAGGAGGCGGUGGAGUCUGCCUACGGGUCGGUGGAGGCGCUCAAGGACAAGUUCAACGCGGCGGCGGCCGCCCGCUUUGGCAGCGGCUGGGCGUGGCUGGUGGUGUCGCCCGAGGGCAAGCUGGAGGUGACGUCCACGCCCAACCAGGACUCGCCCCUCAUGGCAGGCAUCGUGGACACGCCCGGCACGCCCGUGCUGGGGCUGGACGUGUGGGAGCACGCCUACUACCUCAAGUACCAGAACAGGCGCCCCGAGUACAUCGCCGCCUGGUGGAACGUGGUCAACUGGGAGCAGGCCAACCAGAACUACAAGGCCGCCGCCGGCAGCAAGAUGUGA